CUAGAUCCUAUUUUCACGCAUCACAUUCGGAUUUCACAGAUCUUGCUGUUCUCCUUAGCUCGCACUCGCCGGAUCUCUGCUCCCUCCAAUCUUCCUUCGGCUCUUCCCACUACCGCUGCUUCCACUGCUGGUAACGUCGUGGCUGAUUACGCCACUGCUCCCAUAGUGUCUCCUCCUGUCUAAGAAAUGAAUUUAGCAUCUUUUGAUGCUUCGAUCGAACAACCUGCUAAAGCUCUGGAUCUCCAACACACUGUUCCGUCUCCACCUCAGGAUAUUCGGUCUUCUUUAGUCAUUCCUCCUUCGAUCGGAGCCACUUCCAUGGCUGCUCCGGCCAUGCCUUCAAGAUCCAUCCCUCCCGUGACCAUUGGUAAUGUUCUUCUCACUAAUCUUGGUCCUCACAAUGCCGAUCCCGUUUCUUUGCAACUUUCCUCUCACGAUUGCCCAACCAACGAAGAUAAUCCCUAUUUCGUUGGCUCUGGUGACCAUCCCGGGUUGAUUCUUGUGACUCCUCCCUUGUUCGACCAUAACUUUCAGCAAUGGCGUCAGGAUUUUCACUUGGCUCUUGAAGAUAAGAACAAAACUGGCUUCAUUGAUGGAACUCUUCCACAACCCGAUCCUACUAGUCAUCUCUUCCAUUCUUGGAUCCGCUACAACCAAAUGGUAAUGUCUUGGAUUAUUCAUUGUGUUUGUUUAGAUAUUAAGAGUAGUGUUAUGUUUCUUGAUACUGCUUAUAAGAUGUGGAUUGAGCUUACUAACCGUUUUAGUCAAGGGAAUGGACCUUGUCUUGUUGAACUUCAAGAAUCUCUUACAGAUUUACGAUAAGGAGACGAAUCUGUCAAGCCUCCGCUGACAACGCCAAGUUUUAGAACCAAGAAAAGGUCUUUCAAUUUCUUACUGGCCUUAACAAAUCAUACCAGGUGGUUCGUGAUCAAGUGUUAAUCACCGAACCCUUCCCAUCUCUAUCGAAGGUGUUCUCUACUAUCAUUUAGCAUGACCGACAAAAGAAACUCUGCAUUCUCUCGAACCUCAUCACUGCCACUUCAUCUCAGUCCUCAAAUCCUCCUUGCAAUAAGAAAAUGCAACCUUUUUGUACUCACUACUCGAAACCAGGACACUUGAAGGAGAAAUGCUAUAUUCUCCAUGGUUUCCCUCCCAAUUAUUUUGACAAGCGCAAAUCUGACUCUUUACAGCGCUCCACUUCAGAUCGGGGUUCCCUUGCCAAAGGUCCGGCUGCUAACCAAGCUUCCACUUCCCACUCUGUUUCGGACAAACUUGCUUUGCUGCAAGAAAUAAUUUCACAGCUUACUCAAUAGAUUCAACAUGCUCAACAGGCUCAAUCAACAGUUGAUAUCAAAACUCCAUUGGCCUCUAACCUCAUUGUUUAACCUCUUGUCGGUCACAUCUAUUGUUCAAGAUCCAAAAUAUUUAGUCUUAUUCUCACAUUCUAGUUGUUCUAUUCAGAACACUAGUCAGAAUCUACAGAUUGGGAUUGCUAAUCGCGUUGGAUAACUUUUUUUUCUCUAACAAGAAAAUAAUUGUACUUGUCAUUUUGUUCAAACCAAUAGAUCUUGUAAUGAUGUACACAAAUGGCAUUUACGCCUUGGGCGUCCCUCUUUACGGGUUACUAAAUCCUUGAAUUUUUUUUUCAUUUUAAUGAUUCUGACUCAUCUUUGUUUCCUUGUCAUGUAUCUCAUUUAGCUGCGCAAAAAAAGACUACCCUUUAAUUUGGCUAAUAAUAUGGCUCCUACUGCAUUUGACUUAAUUCAUUUGGAUAUUUGGGGUCUUUUUCACACAACCAACAUAGAAGAUUAUUGAUAUUUUCUUACUAUUGUUGAUGAUCACACUAGAUUUACUUGGGUUUA